AUGCCGCAAAUCCCAUCGUCAACCAUCUUUCGGGUGGUCCCCACUACAGCCAGGCUCGGUCUCAGAUCGAAUCAUCCUACAAAAGCCCCAUGGCUCCUGCAUUUAACCCGUCUGACCUCCCCUCGACUCUUUUCCACUGAUAUCGCCUCUCCCAUCCCGCCUCAGUCUCGUUUUCGCCGCUUUGUAGGGUUCACUUCUAUCGCAGCGCUUGCAUUCACCGCCGGGUUGGUCUACCAGACGCAGGAUACUAUAUCUCGCAUGAUGCCGUCCACCAUGCCUACCGAUGAGGAGACCCUCUCUGCAUUUGUCCCUUCCGAUGGGGUCUCUGUUGAGGUGGACAAGUUCAUCCGAGAGCAUCCCCUCGCGGUGUCGCUGCGGGAAAACCCAGCCUUCACCGAAUCUCGUCCUCACCUCAAGAUCCCGGAGAAAAUCCGCACACGCAAUCUGACAGCAGGUACACUUGCGGGCGCCGACAAGAUUGUGGUUCCGCCCUACAUAUUCAGCGAAGAGGGUGGGAAGAGCUUGGUUUCCAUUUUCUAUCUGGGAUCGAACAUUUGUGGACACCCCGGUAUUGUCCACGGUGGUCUCCUGGCCACUCUCCUGGACGAGGCGAUGGCCCGGUGCUGUUUCCCUGCUCUACCGAACAAAGUGGGUGUGACGGCCAAUCUCAACAUCGACUACCGUCAGCCUGCCAUGGCGAAUACCUACUCCGUUCUGCGGGCAGAGACGGUUAAGGUGGAGGGCCGCAAGGCCUGGGUUGAAGCACGCAUCGAGACCUUACCCGAAGAAGGGCAGGAGCCGGUCGUUCUUGUGGAAGCGAAGGCUCUAUUUAUUGAACCCAAACAGGCUGCGGCUAUGUCGAGUCUCUACAAGGUGGGCGCUGUUGGCUCCAUCUACCAGUAUUACAACACCUCACGCCUCGACCCCGACUUCCCCCAUCGUCUCUUGUGCUACCUCACGCCCGCUUUCUCGAGCGUGGCAACGGGUUCUUCUUUCGAAUACUCUGUCCAUCCGUCCUCCCCCCCAACGUUUGACCCUCCUGACCCUCUCAUCACUAUGUCCAAAACAACAAAGUACCUUCUCGUCUCCUUCCCCACCUCCAUCACCCCGUCGCACCAUCGCGACGAUGCCCUCGAUGCCAUCGCCACGACUGUCACACUGGAAAACGGAUCAGUUGCCCCUUUCCCCAUUCCGGAGUUCAAAAUCGGCACGCUAGACGCCCUCGUACAGCAGGCCGAUGAGUUGGCCAAACUCGAAACAGCCUGCCAGGGCGUAGUCGGCAAAGUCUCGGAUGCGCUAAAGAAUAUUCUAGAGGGCGACGAAGCGCAGAUUGAUAAGAUGAAGACCGUUAAUGAUAAGCCGGUGGAUCAGUAUCUGCGCACGUUCUCGUGGAAUAAGGUUAAGUAUCGAGCGGACAAGCCGUUGGGGGAACUGAUUGAUCUUCUUCAAAAGGAGGCAGCCAGUAUCGAUAACGACAUUCGGACGAAAUAUUCCCAAUACAACCAGAUCAAGGGUACCCUGGCGACCCUCCAGCGGAAGCAGGCAGGUAAUUUAUCAACCAAGUCCCUUGCCUCCGUUGUCGACCCUCGCACCAUCGUUCAAGAUUCCGAGUACAUCGAGACCCAUCUGGUUGCCGUGCCCGCCCAGCAGAUUAAGGAGUUUCUCAAGACGUACGAGACGAUUUCCCCGAUGGUGGUUCCCCGGUCGGCGACGUUGGUAGCAUCAGAUGAUGAGUUCACGCUGUACGCGGUGACGACGUUCAAGAAGCACAGCAUGGAGUUUGUGCACAAGGCUCGUGAGAACAAGUGGAUUCCUCGCGAUUUCAAGUACGUCGAAGGCGGCAAGGAAGAGGAACAGAGGGAGUUCGAACGGGUUGGCGGCGACGAGCGCAAACUCUGGGGGGAGACGUUACGACUCGGACGGACAGCGUGGAGCGAGGCGGUCAUGGUCUGGAUGCAUGUGCUUGUUCUGCGGGUGUUUGUAGAGACUGUCCUGCGGUACGGAUUGCCUUUGGACUUUGCCUGUACGAUCAUUCGGGCGCCGAGUCCGAAACAGGCCGACAAGGCAAAACGCAACCUGGACGAGAAGUACUCGUAUCUGGCGGGCAAUGCCUUUGGACGGGACAAGAAGGGACGAGUCAAGCGGGAUGAUCCUCAUGAGAUGCAAGGCGACGGAGCCGGCGAGUACACGGCGUAUGUGUAUUACGAUUUCGAGUUUAAUUAG